AUGAAGGCUCCUCUUUUUCACUGUGCCCUCCUUGGUUCUUCGCUCUGCACGGCAAUUCCAGUCCAAAGAGCAACCCAAGACACUAUAUCUCGCCCGGGUUUAACUCAAUGCUGGCAACCAUCUUCUAGCAUUUCCGAGAGGCAAACCCAAGUUCGACCGAAGUUUCGUGAGCUUUUCGAUCAGCUGCAACGCGACUUGUCCGUGGAAAACCCCCUCGAGCUCUCUCAGCCAGGACCAUCCAAACAAUCCAAACAAUCCCACCUCGUCGACGAAUCCCACCAUUCGGAAAGCAACUACGUGGCCCACAGAGCAACCAUUUUUCAGGUCCGUUCCGACCACAGCAAUGUCAAGCCCGCUGCCCGAACACCCAGCUACUUCCUCUCAGUCACCCUGUUCGACAUCAUCGACCAGCACGGCCCCGAGUGCGUUGCACUAGCCCUGUUCGUUAUUGCGCCCAUUGCCUACUUCCUGCUUGAUCUUCUCGAAAGAGCUAUAAAAUGCUGUAUCCGGGAACAAUUUCCACGCCGUGGUCGGGAUCGUGUGCGCCUGCUGGGACGGGAGAGACAAUUGCGCGCAUGGAGCAACUGGCAGCGCGAGAGAGUGCUGGCAAGCGAGAAGCCCUGGUGGCAGGCCCGGUCAUCUCGAAAUCCAAUCAUCAGCCAAUAA